GCGCCCGAGACCCGAGACCCGGCGCCCAGGUUCCAGCCCAGUCCCGGCGCGGCCGGGCCCGCCAUGGCGCUCAACAAUUUUCUCUUUGCGCAGUGCGUCUGCUACUUCCUGGCCUUCCUGUUCAGUUUCGUGGUGGUGGUGCCGCUGUCCGAGAACGGCCACGACUUCCGUGGCCGCUGCCUGCUGUUCACCGAGGGCAUGUGGCUGAGCGCCAACCUCACGGUGCAGGCGCGGGAGCGCUUCACCGUGCAGGAAUGGGGCCCGCCGGCCGCCUGCCGCUUCAGCCUGCUCGCCAGCCUCCUGUCGCUGCUGCUGGCCGCCGCGCACGCCUGGCGCACUCUCUUCUUCCUCUGCAAGGGCCACGAGGGCUCCUUCUUCUACGCCUUCCUCAACCUCCUGGUGAGCGCCUUUGUGGUCUUCCUGGUCUUCAUUGCCAGCACAAUCGUGAGUGUGGGCUUCACCAUGUGGUGCGACGCCAUCACGGAGAAGGGCACUGUGCCCCACAGCUGCGAGGAGCUGCAAGACAUCGGCCUGGAGCUGAAUGUAGAUGACUCUGCCUUCUACGAUCAGUUCGCCAUUGCUCAGUUUGGCCUCUGGGCCUCGUGGCUGGCAUGGCUGGCGAUCACCACGCUGGCUUUCCUGAAGGUCUACCACAACUACCGCCAGGAGGACUUGCUGGACAGCCUGGUCCACGAGAAGGAGCUGCUGCUGGCCAGGCCAGGCCCUCGAACCUCCUUCCAGGGGGAGAAGAGCGCAGUCAUUUAGGUUCUGUGUCCCUGCCUGGGCCCCUCCAGCCCUACAUGCAGCCCUGGCCCUGCCACAGGAAGGGGAGCGUGGACCCCUGCUGAGGGUCCAGCCACAGGCAGUUGGGGCAGAGCCCUGGACUGGGUGUCUGUACUCUGCCUCCAGAGGCUGCAUGUGUGAGCACACGCAUGUGUGGGUACACACAUGUGUGAGCACACACAUGUGGAUGGGAGCAGACCGCAGAGCUGGCCCCCAUGGGCCCAGGAGAAAGGCUGUGCUCCCAAGGGCAGUAAGCCCACCUGCUAGCCAAGUGGAGGCUGAGCCUGUGUGACUGGGGCCUGGCUCUGCUGUCCUCAGCACUCUGCUGGGGAAAGCCAGCACCUCCUUUUCUUGGGGGUCCCCUGUCCUGUUCCAGGGAAGGGGCCCUAAGGUGGAAGAGACCCCCAGCCCUGACCCUAACCACAGCCUUCAGAAGUGUGUCCCCAGCAUGUUCCCCCAGCUUGGGCUCUACUGUGACCGGGGCCACCUCGAAGGACCUGGCGUGGUGAGCUGGACCCUGAGUAAACAGGACCAGCUUGAAGGGUGCAGGGCAGGCAGGUGCUGUGGGGGGGCCCAGGCCAGGGGUGAGGGGUGAGGGGUGAGGGCUGAAGGUCAAGCCCUGCUGGGAACUUCCUGUGGGGAGCCAGGUGUUCGGGGAGGUGUUUGGACCGUCUGAAGCCCCCAAAGCUGAUGUCAUCACUGGACAUGGGGACCUGUCCUGCCUCAGAGCUGCUUAUCUGUGCCCUGCACAGAGUUGUGGCUUCUACCUUGCCUCUGCUUUGCCCCACCCCCACUUCUGCUGCAGCUGCCUGGGAUCCUGGGAGGAACAGAGUGGGGCUCGGCUCCCUGGGCCCCACCAUGCCAGUCCUGAGCAGCUGCCCCCUCAGGCUCCAGGGCUGAUCUGGGGCAGCCUGCAUCCGGGUGGGUAGAGGCCUGGAAACAGGUCCAGGGCAGGAGCGCAGGGCUGCCCGGUCCCACAG